AUGGGGAAAGGAACAGGGAGUUUUGGUAAGAGAAGAAACAAGACACACACUCUCUGUGUGCGUUGCGGUCGCCGCAGCUUUCAUCUCCAAAAAAGCCGUUGCAGUGCUUGUGCCUUCCCUGCUGCCCGUGUCAGAAAAUAUAACUGGAGUGUGAAGGCUAUUCGCAGAAAGACCACUGGAACUGGCCGUAUGAGGUACCUCCGUCAUGUACCACGCAGGUUCAAGACUAACUUCAGAGAAGGUACUCAAGCUACUCCAAGGAACAAGGGAGCUGCAGCAGCAUCAUAA